AGUAAUCUCUCCGGCCUCACGCAACUUACUGUUAUGUUUGUUCACGUUCGUUUACGCAAUACUGCGAGCAGAGUAUCCAACGCAGGGACCCCCGAGGUAGCUGCGUGAAUAGGAUACAUCCUUGCUUAAACGAACGGCCGAUUGCGCUGCUAUCGCUUUCACACGCGGAGUGAACGAAUAACAUCUGCCGCAGUCACUCAGUAAACGAAUGCACCCUAUUUUGCACGAUUCGUCGUUAUGAAUUCCAUAGUUCGCGUUGGCGGAGCUUUAAAGCAAAGUUUUCGAUGUAAUCAAUAUCUACAAAUGCAACGCGUCACCUUCUCGUCCUCUAUAAAAGAAAAGGAACAGCCUAAAAUACCAAAGAAUGCGUUGCAAAGUUUAUUCUCUGCCAACGAGCAGGCAGAAAAUGGUAAAAUAUAUGAUAAAAAGCCUUUCAAAAUGCGAAUUGAAGCUGGAAAACAUUAUCACUGGUGCUUAUGCGGCAGGAGUAAAUCGCAACCAUUGUGUGACGGCACACACAGAGAUGUUUUUAUAAAAGUUAAGCAGAGACCAAUUAGAUUCAUGGUUGACGAAACAAAAGAUUAUUGGUUAUGCAAUUGCAAACAAACAUCGAAUAGACCUUUUUGCGAUGGAUCGCACAAGAGACAAGAAAUUCAAGAUGCAGUUAGGUCUUAGUAGAUACCUGCAAACUGUUUCUUGCUUACUUUAUCGGUCGUACAUGAAUUACAAAUAAUCGUUACACUGUAGUUGAAUAUCUUGCAGUUAAGGGUAAAUGCGAAUGAGUAAUAUGCCUUACUAUGAAAUACAUUCUGAUCCUGUAUCCAGGCUAGCAAUAAACCAUCCUAUAAGUAUUCAAAAUGGUAUUUGAUUUUCUAUUCACUAUUUUUAAUUUAUUGCUACAGUUUCCUGCUAUUCACAUUAAUAAAGAUGAUUGAUUCAAAAAUUAAGAUUUUGCAACAAAUUAAUAAUUCUAUUAUUUUUUUUUUAUUAUUUAUUUUAUUUAUGAACUUAGAUUUUUAAUAUAAUUAAUUUGCAAUUCUGAAUAUGGUGCGAAUUAAAAAUGCUGAAUAUUAUAUUUGUUUAUACUAGUUGCAUGUAAGAUUAAUAUAUGCAGCCACGUGCAAAUCAAAGUCUCCUGAUGUUUCAUGCUUAUCAGAAAUAAUCAUCAAGAUAUAUCACACAUUCAGGGCAUGUAUAAUUAUAGGCUCACUCGAUUGAGAAGUUGAGGAUCAACAACAACUAGGUACAAUCAGUGAAUGAGCAUUAUAAUCAAUCUUGAAUCUUAACAAAGUAUUUUCUGCAAAGUUACAUAGUUUCACAUUUUUACACAGCUUCAAUGGCGAAAUAUUCACAUAGCAAGUACCAGUAAAUUGUAAAAAUAAUUAGUAGUCAGGCUGUUAUUGAUUAUGAAACAAAUCACAAUUUAGUUCCAACAUUUCCUCUUGUUUCUCGCGCAAGUGAUUCGGCUGCAAUUUUUUAAACAGAGACACUAAUUGAAAUCAAGUUAUGUCGGAAUUAAUGAAGAGUGUGUCAGAAUACCGUAUUAUUUACGCACGCAGCAAAUAGGUAUUUUCGUAGCUAGGGCACAAAGUUCUACACCCUAGUGCGAUCUGUCACACGUCGGUGUAAAGUAUUACGCCCGUGGUGCAAACAAUAUUUUUUGUCCUACGUAGGCGUAAACCGGAUUUAUCGGGCGUAAAAUCUCACUUUACGCCAACUAGGACGAAAAGUGUUUUCCAACUCAUGGUUAAUUGUACAAGCAAUUGAACUGAGGCUAGAUGUAUGUAAGUUAUAAAAUAAUGAGUCAUGAUAUAAUGCUACCUUGUAACAAAUUGCAAGACUACAUAUUCAUGACGCAUUGGAAAAAUGUUUAUCUAUGAAAGGAGUAUCUGGGUAAUGGAAUUCAUUCACAGGUAAUCAUGUCUCCUGCAAUUGCAUCUUUAGAUGGUUUUGAAUUAUUGCAUUACGAUACUUAUUACACAUACAUGCCAAGUAAUUUAUUACUUUUACAUAGCGUUUCUGGAAAGCGAUAAACUAUGACGCACUCCCUCUGUCCCUCACUCCAUCUCCCUCUCUCCCUUUCUCUCUCUAUCUCUCUCUCUACAACAAAUAUGUAUAUAUAUGUAUCUCUAUAAUGACACGAAUUAAAAGAAACUUCACAGAUUAAUAAACUUUAUGUAUUAUGAGAUACGUAGUGUGUUAUAAUAUUUGUGUUAUUUUACAAAUCACAAAAAAAUGUUACAUUGCUGACUGGAUUAAUUUAUGGCAGUGAAGCUUGAAAAAACAUUCAGACAUACUUUGUAUAAGCACAAUGGGUAUAUCAAAAGUAAUGUCGCAGUAUUGAUCUACCUGUACUCUACAAUUAGUAACAACACUUUCCCAUAGAAAAAGGUUACAUCAAUGUUGCCUAACGUAGAUAGGUCAGUUGCUGAGUGCAAGUUUAAAGCUGGUUAAAGCAUAGAAGUGACCGUUUUUGGAAAUUACUUGCUUCUUUGAAUUGCAAUAAGGAUAUUAGAUUAGAAUGAUUCAAUUCACCUCAAAUUACAAACUGACUGCUCUGCAUAGGAAAAAGCUUAAAAACAUUAUUCAAACAGUCAUGAAUGUUUUUUUGUUUUUCAUUUGAGCUCUAUUGUUACAUAAACGAACCAUCCUACAGAUUAUUGAAAAAGCUGGAUAAAUUCUUAGAUCACACAUCAAUUAAUUUGUCUGUUGUGUAAUAAAGUAUGUUUUAAAAGUUUCGAUAUGAAAUAAAUUCAGCACAGAUCUUAGAAAAAGAAGAGUAUUGCAAACUAAAUUGGUCUCUCAAAUCACAAGCAAUAUUGAAAUUUAGCCAGGAUUCUUUGAAUAUACUUGACGAUAUUUUAUUUGCAUCAAUAUAUUUAAAAUAAGAAGCCAUGUAGCUAGAGAAGACUAUAGAGAAAAUAUUCCACAUGGCCUAAAGAAUUAACUGAUGAAAACUUUUAACACAAACUCUAUAUUACAUCAAAGCUCGCAAGUAUUAUAACAUUCACACGCACAUAUUUGUAUACAUACAUAAAUAUAUAUAUAUAUAUAGUUUAAUAAUUUUUUUUUCAACAACUUUGUCGAAACUCAUAUCAGUAUUGUAGUAUAGAAAUCGUGAAAUUAGUUGAAACAAAAUUAUUUUUAUAUUUAAUAGUAAACGUACAUCGUGCUUCCGCGCAUGCUCAACAAAAUCAAAGUGAAUUUUUGUCAAGCAAAAAAUGUGCUCAAAUAACAUUAUUAUAUAUUUUGGUCUAUCAACAUUUGCGCUUUCUUACACCACCUCAUGGACAGUAUGAUUAAAGUAUGAUAGACCAUUUUUCGUGGUCAGGUACGGGAAAGAAACUUUGAUCAUGCAGUAAAAUCGAAUCAUUUACGAGUUUGCAUGAUGCAAUGUUUGGACAAUGAAUAAUAAGAUUGAAAGGAUCCGAUGAAAGAAAGUUUGAGAUAUUAUAAUAACGUAUAAAACAAUUUAUCUACAAUGUUGUACAUCACCUAUUCAAAAACGUGUAUACAUAUCAUUUGAUGGCUCAAUUCAGAUUUGAAAUGGCUGAAUUUACGUUCAGCAGCUGUAUAAAUAGCAAUGAGAGAACUGUAACGAUUUGAAUUGAACACAAACUGAAAUAGAACGGUGGUGCGACAGACAAAUAUGACGUGACUUAUUCACGAGACUCUUUUUGUAUUCGAAAAAGUAUUGAUUAU